CUGACGAGUUUGGAUUUGACAAUCAGUUCGGUGGGAUUACGAUUCCUUGUGCUGAGGAUCAAUUUUUGGGUUUAACUUCUCGGUUGAAUAGACUCAUUAGUUGAAAUUGGUCAGAACUGAGUACCCAUUUGCCCAGAAGCUUAAAAAAUGAAUGGCUUUUGGGUAUGUUUAUCCUGCUUAUGAGUGCUUCAAGACUGUGGAGAGGAGGCCAUUAGAGAUAUUCCAACUUCUGUUUUGGUGCCAUUAUUGGAUCAUUGUUGCUUUGCUUACAGUAUUUGAAAGAGUGGGAGACCCUUUGAUUUCAUGGCUGCCACUGUACAAUAUAGCAAAGCUAGCAUUGUUUAUAUAUCUUUGGCAUCCUAAAACAAAAGGAGCAGCAUGUAUGUUUGAUGUUGUUCUUAAGCCAUUUAUAUCGAAACAUGAAGCAAAAAUCGAUCGUUGCCUUGUUGAACUAAGGCUCAAGACAGCAGACAUUGCAGCCUUGUUUUGGCACAAAAUUACUAGUUGCAGCCAGACAACAUUACUCGACUUUCUUCGUAACGUUUCGUGGAUGCCCACAUCACAGACUUGUCAUAAUAAUCAGCAUCGGCACAAUCUCAAGAAGGAUGAAACUGAAUUAGUGGGAAAGACAACAAAAUGUGUCUCAACUAUGGAAAAUAGAGUUGCUGCAGAUGAUUCCAAGAAGGUAAGUUUCGAUGGACAAUUGUCGAAAUCCAAACGUCGAAAAUGGCGAGUCUUUAACUUCAUUUGCGUCAAAUAAGUUUUAGGUUGCUGUAAUAUAUUUUAACAUAUGAUAUGAAAAAAGCAUUUUGAAGCUUGCUUUUAGGAAA